AAUAGGAGAAAGAAGUAGAAACUCACACGUGUUUUUUCCAACAUGUCUCCUUAGUAGAGUUGUUUUAUGUUGAGAAAGCUGUUCAAUUGUUUGCAUUUUAUAAUUGACACAGUGACGUUAUCGACCUCUGGGCUGUGAGGAGAACAAAUAGACAGGAUGGCGCAGAGAAAGAAGAAACUGAAGAAGAGGAGACACACAGCGGCCAACAGGCAGGAGCCGCAGUCGGACUCUGACGGCAGAGAUUUCGAGCUAGCUGCGGAAAUCAAAAACGAUGAUUCUCCAUGGAGGAAGCUGUCACGGUUUCCUGCAGCAUCAGAUUGCCUGUCAGAUGUGGAGCCUGACACCAGGGAGAUGGUCAGAGCUCAAAACAAGAAGAAGAAGAAGUCUGGGGGGUUUCAGUCUAUGGGUCUUAGCUAUCCAGUUUUUAAGGGGAUCAUGAAAAAAGGCUACAAAGUCCCCACACCCAUUCAAAGAAAGACUGUUCCUGUGAUCCUGGAUGGAAAGGAUGUUGUAGCUAUGGCUCGGACAGGCAGUGGUAAGACGGCUGCGUUUCUGCUGCCCAUGUUUGAGAAGCUGAAAGCUCCUCAAGCCCAGACAGGAGCCAGAGCCCUCAUCCUGACCCCCACCAGAGAGUUGGCCCUACAGACCAUGAAGUUCACAAGAGAGUUAGGAAAAUACACCGGUCUGAAGACUGCUUUGAUUCUUGGUGGAGACAGAAUGGAAGAUCAGUUUGCUGCUCUUCAUGAAAACCCUGACAUAAUCAUUGGUACCCCCGGUCGUCUCAUGCACGUCAUCACGGACAUGAAUCUGAAGCUGCACAGUGUUGAAUACGUGGUGUUUGAUGAGGCAGACAGGUUGUUUGAAAUGGGUUUUGCCGAGCAGCUUCAGGAAAUCAUUUGUAGACUUCCCGACACCAGACAGACUCUGCUCUUCUCUGCUACUCUUCCCAAACUGUUGGUAGACUUUGCCAGAGCUGGCCUGACAGAACCUGUUCUGAUUCGCUUGGAUGUUGAUUCAAAACUCAGUGACCAGAUUAAGCUCGCGUUCUUUCACCUUCGCGUGGACGAUAAACCAGCGCUGCUGCUUCAUCUGCUGAGGAACGUGGUGAAGCCUCAGGAGCAGACGGUGGUCUUUGCUGCCACCAAACACCAUGUCGAGUACCUUAAGGAGCUGCUGUCUACAGAAAACAUAGAGUGUGCCUACAUCUACAGUGCCCUGGAUCAGACCGCCAGAAAGAUCAACAUUGGGAAAUUUGUGAACCGGAAAGCCAUGGUGCUUAUUGUGACCGAUGUCGCUGCUCGUGGUAUCGACAUCCCCCUGCUGGAUAAUGUUAUUAACUACAACUUCCCCUCCAAGGCAAAGCUCUUUUUACACAGAGUCGGCCGUGUGGGGCGAGCGGGGCGCAGCGGUAUGGCGUACAGCAUGAUUUGUCCAGAUGAGAUGCCUUUUGUUUAUGAUCUCCACCUGUUCCUCGGAAGGCCCGUUGAGUUUGCUACAGCUGGUCACACACCAGAUUCAGGCGGUGUGUUUGGUAGAGUUCCUCAAAGCAUUUUGGACGAUGAAGGCUCUCAUCUGAUCGUGACUCAUGAAAACUCGCUGGACUUGGAGAAUCUCCAGCGUGUCUCUGAAAACGCUUACAAACAGUACCUCAAGUCCAGACCCAGUCCCUCGUCAGAGUCCAUCAGACGGGUCAAAAACACAGAAAUGGCCAGCAUGGCGGUCCAUCCAUUACUCGGUUCUGGUUUUGAGAAAAAGGAACUGGAGCGUCUUCAAAUGGUUGAUGCCAUAAAAGGCUAUAAAUCCAAAGCAACUAUUUUUGAAAUCAACUCUAGCAAUAAAACACCUGCAAGUGAGGUGAUGAGGACCAAACGCUCUAAAGACAUGCCAUUAGUAGACAAAUUCAGUAAGAAAAGAGAAGAGCUGUGUGCAGAGAGCAAGCAGCAGCGCUCCGUCAGAUCCGCCUCGGCUGCUGAUUAUGAGAUGAGGUACAGCGGCGGUGAGGAGGAGGAAGAGGAUCUGAAGGGGGUGUUCUCCAAGGUAGUUGGUGUUAAGAGAAAGAACCCAACAGAUUACGGAGAGGAACGUUCUAAAAACAAGAGAAGCAGGCAAACGGGCAAAGAUGAAGAGUAUUUUAUCCCGUACAGACCGAAAGACUUUGACUCAGAGAGAGGGUUAAGUCUUGGUGGGGACGGCGGUAAUUUUGAACAGCAAGCCUCCUCAGCUGUCCUGGACCUCAUGGGAGAUGAUGGAGACCGGUUAAAUCAGCACAAAGCACUAAUGAAAUGGGACCGGAAGAAGAAGCGCUUUGUGAGAGAAUCAGGAAAGGAGGACAAGAAAAAGAUCAAAACUGAGAGCGGGCAGACUGUCGGCAACAAGAACAGGAAGAACUUUUAUGAGGAGUGGAAGAAGAAAUACAAAGUUGAUGAUGCUGAAUCUGGAUCAGAUGGAGAAACAGGAGGAGGAAGGAUGAAGUCAGCAGGAGGUCGGGGUCGUGGUCGUCGAGGCCCCAACCCCCGCAGUCCUGCAGGACCACCGGUGAAACCCGGCGGCCACAGAGUACGCUCCGAGCUCAAGUCCAGCGCGCAGAUCUUGAAGCGCCGCAAGCAGCAGCAAAAGCAACAAUUCCGUCAGAAAGGAGGGAUGAAGAACAUUCGCUCGAAGAACAAGCAGUGGGUUGGAGAGGUGAAGAAGUCGGGCUUCGGACGCGGCGGCCAUAAGAAGGGGAAGAUGAGGAAGAAACUGUGAGGACACCGAUGAAGGACUUGCAGAAGGCUGAUGCACCAUGAUGGGAGCUGCACAGUCUGACUGAUUCUCAAACGACCUGAGGCUUAAUUUUCAGAGAUGUCACUUCUUUUUAGUGCUUCUGAACUUUGAAGAUGAUCCACUGAACUGCAUUCUUUAAGUCUGCUGAAAGUUCAACAGUUUUUGUACACUGAAAUAUAUCUAUUUGAAUGGACUGAUAGCUGAAUACAGAUCUAAAGGAA